UUUCUUUUCAUGGCCACUAGAUGGGGAUACGUACAGAUAUAUAAGUCUCGAGCGUUUACAAUUUAGAAAGCGUUUGCAAUCUGCGGCCUGGUUUACUUUCAAAUAUCAACGCAAUUUUUACUGUAUUUACUGAGAGCUUUUCAAACACAGUCAUGUCAGACAAAGGACAAGACGUCGAUUUGACUAGGGCCAAACAAAACACAGGAGUCUGGCUGGUGAAGGUUGGUGAUUUACAAGAGGUGCCCAAAUAUCUUUCUCAACAGUGGACUAAGGCAUCUGGACGAGGAGAAGUUGGCAAACUUAAAAUUGGGAAAGUUCAAGGGAAGACUGUGGUCUCUUUCAGUUUGAACGAGGAGCUGGCGGUUGUUGAGAGCUCUGGGGAGAAGGUUUCAUCCGUUCGGGUUCCCAAAGAACAUCCCUUCAACAUGCAGACGGUGGGAGCUCAGACCCUUGCUGUCUUUACAGAGACUUCAGACAAGGUGUCUCUUGAAGGCAUGGUCGUGCAGCGUGCCGAAUGCAGACCUGCAGCCAGUGACAGCUACAUGAAAUUAAAGAAGCUGCAGAUUAAAGAAUCCACCAAACCUGUACGAUUAUCCCAAAGGCUUGAUAAAGCUGUUACAUCCAAUUACAAACCUGUGUCCAACCACAGUCAUAAUGUGGAAUACGAGAAGAAAAAGAAAGAGGAAGGCAAGCGUGCGAGGGCUGACAAGCAGAAGGUUCUGGAAAUGCUCUUCUCUGCCUUUGAAAAGCACCAGUACUACAACAUUAAAGACCUGGUGGAAAUCACAAAGCAACCAGUGAUUUAUCUGAAGGAGAUUUUGAGAGAGAUUGGAGUUUAUAAUCCCAGAGGACCUCAUAAGAGCACCUGGGAGCUGAAACCAGAGUAUCGACACUAUAAAGAAGAGGAAGAAGAUGAAGAGAAGAUGGAGUAAUUCACUUAAGAUGUCCACUGCUGUCCAAAGCACGGUUUACUUUUAUUUUAUCCACAUAUUGUUUCUUUUCAUUUAGCCUUUUGGGCAGUAUGAUUUUUUUUUCAGGAGUUUUAUAAGACAAGUGGCUGUCUAAGUGUGUUAAAAAAUGAAUACUGAAAUUU